AUGAGCGCAGCCGACAUCAACACGGAGCUCUGCCCCGUCUACGCCCCCUUCUUUGGCGCGAUGCAGGCAAUCGACCUUAGACGCAAUGUUGCCAUGCAGCACACCGUUCGAUCACCGCAUGCUGACCACCUUGUCUACUCUGUUCUUGAUCUCGCCACACUUGCUCGACGCAUCAACAAACAGGGAUGCACAGCUGCCAUCGUUUUCACUUGCCUCGGCGCCUCGUACGGUACUUCCAAGUCGGGUGUCGGUAUCUCGGCCAUGGGUGUCCUGCGACCUGACCUGUUGAUCAAGUGUGUCAUUCCCGUCAUCAUGGCUGGUAUCAUUGCCAUUUACGGUCUCGUGGUCAGCGUGCUCAUCUCCGGUGACAUCAAGACGCCGAUGUCGCUCUACCGCGGCUUCAUUCAGCUCGGCGCCGGUCUCUCGGUCGGUCUGGCUGGGUUGGCCGCUGGAUUUGCGAUCGGCAUUGUGGGUGACGCCGGUGUGCGCGGUACUGCUCAGCAGCCGCGUCUGUUUAUCGGUAUGAUCUUGAUCCUCAUUUUCGCCGAAGUGUUGGGCCUGUAUGGUCUCAUUGUCGCGCUGAUCCUCAACACGCGUGCGCAAGACGAUGCUCUUAUGGGAUGCUUCCUCAAGUAA